AUGGCUGUGGACACAGGUCCUGGUCAAGAAUGGGAGCAGAUGCUGAUUUGGCAAACUCCCGGCCCAUGCCCCAUCUCUCCAGGUAUCCUCCCAGAGUUUUCACCCAACCAGAAUCUUGCCUCAGGCACCGAAAUGGCCAGGAAAACCACCCUCACCAACAGACUGAUCAAAAACCUGCCCAACUGUUGUGUGGUCCAUCAGGAUGACUUCUUCAAGCCCCACGAUCAGAUUGAAGUUGGUGAAGAUGGCUUUAAGCAGUACGAUGUCAUCAAUGCUCUGGACAUGGACGCCAUGACGAGUACGAUCUACGCAUGGUUGGAUAACCCAGUGAAGUUUGAGAAAUCUCAUGGCGUUAAUAACACCCUGGACACUGAGAUCGUCCCAAAGUCUGACACUAAGGAGGAGGAGACUCACAUCCUUAUUGUGGAAGGCUUUCUGCUUUACACCUAUGAACCUUUGAUCGACGUGCUGAACAAACGUUACUUUAUUUCCAUCCCAUAUGAAGAAUGCAAAAAGAGGAGGUGCUCUAGGAACUACACGGUGCCAGAUCCAUCCGGCCCGUUCGAUGGCCACGUCUGGCCCAUGUAUUUGAAACACAAGAACAUAGACAAUAUAGCCGUUUAA